CCGGGAUCAGAGGCGGAGGACUGGCCAAUCAGAAGGGGGGAUCUUUUAAAGCUCCGCCCACGUUGCCGGGAUACGAGGCGGCGAGCAGACGCGCGGCGUUAGGCCUGAGGGCCCUGAGAAGCCGAGCGGAGAGGUUUUAAGUGAACCGACGACAAUGGCCAGCAAUCAUAAAUCUUCAUCCCGCCCUGUUUCACGAGGUGGAAUUGGGUUGACAGGAAGACCUCUUUCUGGAAUAAGACCUCCAUCAGGAAAUAUUCGAGUGGCAACGGGAAUGCCACCUGGAACAGCAAGACCAGGUUCUCGUGGUGGUCCCUUAGGGACUGGGGGAGUGCUGUCAUCUCAGAUCAAAGUUGCUGAUCGUCCUGUUACACAGCAAGGUUUGAGUGGAAUGAAAACUGGGAUGAAAGGUCCCCAGAGGCAAAUUUUAGAUAAAUCUUAUUAUCUUGGACUUCUUCGAAGUAAAAUAAGUGAACUUACAACUGAAAUUAAUAAACUUCAAAAAGAAAUAGAAAUGCACAAUCAAGAGAAUUCAGUGUAUUUGUCAUAUGAAAAACGAGCAGAAACUUUAGCUGUUGAAAUCAAAGAGUUUCAAGGACAACUAGCAGAUUACAACAUGUUGGUAGAUAAACUUAAUACCAAUACUGAAAUGGAAGAAGUAAUGAAUGAUUACAACAUGCUUAAAGCUCAGAAUGAUCGAGAAAUACAAAGUAUGGAUGUCAUAUUUACUGAAAGACAAACGAAAGAAAAACAAAUUGCGAGUGUGGAAGAAGAAAUUGAACAAGAAAAACAAGCGACAGAUGGCAUUAUCAGAAAUAUGUCUUCUGAGAAACAAGUCAAGUACAUAGAGAUGAAAAGCACAAACGAGAAAUUGUUACAGGAAUUAGAUGCACUUCAGCAACAGUUAGAUUCACUGAACAUGAAGAAAGAGAGCUUGGAAACUGAACUAACACACUCCCAGGUAAAACAGGAGGCUGUAUUACUGCAUGAAAAACUUUAUGAAUUGGAAGCCCACCGAGAUCAAAUGAUUGCCGAGGACCAAAGCGUGGGAUCUCCAAUGGAAGAGCGGGAGAGAUUACUAAAACAGGUUAAAGAAGAUAAUCAGGAAAUAGCCAGCAUGGAGAGACAGUUAACAGAUAUAAAAGAAAAAAUAAAUCAGUUUAAUGAAGAAAUAAGACAACUUGACAUGGAUUUAGAGGAUCAUCAAGGUGAAAUGAAUCAGAAAUACAAAGAACUAAAAAAAAGGGAAGAAAAUAUGGACACUUUCAUAGACUCUUUUGAGGAAACUAAGAAUCAGGAGUUGGAACGGAAGGCACAGUUAGAAGCCAGCAUUGUUGCACUUUUAGAGCAUUGUAGUAGGAAUAUAAAUCGUAUGAAACAGAUAUCUUCUAUUACCAAUCAAGAACUAAAGAUAAUGCAGGAUGACCUCAAUUUUAAAUCUACUGAAGUGCAGAAAUCACAAAGUACAGCUAGGAAUUUGACUUCAGACAGUCAACGUCUACAGUUGGAUCUACAGAAAAUGGAGCUCCUGGAAAGUAAGAUGAUAGAGGAACAACAUUCUCUAAAAAGCAAAAUUAAGCAAAUGACAACAGAUCUGGAGACAUAUAAUGAUUUGCCAGCUUUAAAAUUAUCAGGUGAAGAAAAGAGAAAGAAACUGCAUCAGGAGAAAACAGUGUUAUCAACCCAUAAGAAUGCCUUUAAGAAAAUAACAGAGAAGCUAAACAGGGAAUGUGAGAUACUGAAAACACAAUUACAAGAAAAUGAGACACAUUCUCAGCUUACAAAUUUGGAGAGAAAGUGGCAACACCAUGAGCAAAAUAAUUUCGUGAUGAAAGAAUUCAUAGCAGCAAAGAGUCAGGAAAGUGAUUAUCAGCAAAUCAUUAAAAAUGUGACCAAGCAGGUUGUAGAAUACAAUAAAAGCAUUGUGGAUGCUCUACGUACCAGCAGCAGGAACGGCGUCUAAACCAACCAAAUAGUUUCUAUAAAUGUUAUCCUCUUGAUGCUAAACUUUGUAAAAGAUGACCAAAAAAUUAAAAUUUUACCUUUCAAAAUCUAAAAUUGCUGGAUGCUAUAAUAUUUCUGGUCUCUUUAAAGAAUAGUAUUUUAAAUGGUUUAAUAGUUAAGAGUUUUUGUACAAAAAAAGAGUCGUCUUCUUUCAUGUGAUACUUACAUUUGUGUUGUGAUUGAUAAAAGUAUCUUAGAGAAUCAAGAGCUUUUAAAAAUGACCAUUGAGAUUCACUUAGCUGUAUAAUUCAACUGUGGCACCAAGUAAUAUCACUUUUCAUGUUUGACAUAGGAGAGAUACAUGGAAUAUCUGAUUUAGUUACUUAAAUCAAUUUUCUUUGUAGAAAAAGUAAGAUAAAAGAGAAAUUUUAGCACGAGUCUUCUUAGAAGGGAAUAUUUGAUACAUAUUAUUUAGCAUAUAAAAUAAACAUACACCAUGUUCUGUUUAGAAGAUCUAGAAUUAAAACCUCUAGUCUCUAUAUUCAUAAAAUUUUUUUCACAUACAUACACCAAGAGAAAUGGCAUUUAAAAGAAAUAUUGCACUUGUGCUCUUUUAGGCUCUGGCUACUGCUCUUUAUUUCUACCAUGGAGACUGUAUUAUAAAGAGGACCUAAGACGUGCAUUGGUGAACACAUCUGAAAAGAAAGGCCACAGGUAGUUUAAUCACAUCAUACGCAGUACACUCCAGGGGAGUGGGGCGUAGAGUCUAGGAGACGUCGUAAUGACAGCCACCCUGUCCUGUGAAACAAGAAUGAGUCACUUUGGCCAACAUCAAACAUCCUUUAACCACCUACCAGUUUACCCCAAGCAACUCUUGGGCAGCAUAUUUGUUUACAUACUGACUAUCCCAGCGUCAUUUGGGCAGGUGUCUUUCAACCAGUUGAUUCUUGUAUAGAAUAAAUUUGAUAAAAUUGUCUUUUUUUUUUUUGGUACUGGGGAUCAAGCUCACGAUCCUGUGGUUGCUAGGCAGGCACUUAUACUGCUGAGCUAAAUCCAAAAUUGUCAUUUUUAUGUUCUCUGUUGUCUUACAAAAAUUAAUAAAACAAAUGCUGUUUUUGAUCAUCCUGCAUUUAAAUAAUUAGACUGCUAAGUGGAUUAAAUCCACUCUCCUUUUGUUCUGAUAAUGUGUUCACCAAGUAACUAUUUCUCAGUAUAUGUAAAACAUAAACAUAUUUAUUUUAAAAAAAUAAAACACCAAAAAUGAGCUUUUUAAUGGAGAUAUCAUUUAUACACUAUAAACCUUAUUUAUGUGUUCUGAUUGUAUAACUGUUAUGGUUUGUGUCUGGGUGUUCCCCAAGCCUCAUGCAGUCAUAGAGGUCGCUGAGUCUAGCCUUUGUGAUUGGAUCAUUGUCUAGCGCUGGGAUUGGUACUGCAGGUGCUGUACCCGCCCAUGGGUGGAGCUGGCACACAAUAUAGGAGAAGGAAGGAGGCUGCUUUCCCUUUUUGUCCCUUUCACUCUUGUUGCUUACAGUCAUCUUGAACAGUUGCCCCUCAGCCGUGCCACCCUGCUUAGAGCCAGCUGAGUAUGAACUGAAACUUCAAAGGCUCUAAGCUAAAUAAACCUUUCCUUCCUUCAUUUUGAGCAUCAAGUAUUUCGCCCCAGCAGUGAGAGAAAAGUAACCAAGACAAGAAUGUACAUAUUUGUCACUAUAAAUCAGUGAACUUUAGUCUGUGUAAGUUUAGGUAAAGGAGUGAAUCUUGUUAAGCUGGUUAUCCCUGGGUUACUAAUAUAACUGAAAAUCAUAGAUGGUGAUGCAUUCAUUAGAGUGGCAUUCAUAAAAUGUAUUUCUCAGGUGCUGACUUCCUUUAAUUAUUAGUAGGCGUUACAUCAUCAAAGAAUUCAUGGUCAAAGAAGUUUUGGAAACACUGUAAAACAAAAGUGAAUUGUUUUCUUUCUUCCUGACUAUAUUAUAUAUUAACUAUAUGUUAAUAGUUAUAUAUUAUUUUCUUCCUGAUUAUAUAUUAUAUAUUAAUAAUUAUAUAUUGUUUUUCUUCCUGACUAUAUGUUAUAUAUUAAUAAUUAUAUGUUGCUUUCUUUUUUACCAUGUUGUUUAAAUAAUUAUUAAUAUGCUAAUAUAAUAAACUCAAGAGUAUACAAUAAAGCAUUACUGAGAAGUAUUUGUCCACAGAGCAAAGGCUGAGUCAUGUGAGACUUUAGUUAAAAAAAUAAUGAUCUUUGUACAGCAAAUAGAUUUUAUCAGUGACAUAAUUUCCUCAAGUCCUUUGGCUCACUUUUUCGCUUUAUCCAGGUGACAUCUAAGUGCAUUGUUUUGUAGCCACCAUAGAUUUAUUUUACUGUGUAUGUAUGGACUUCUGCAUUAGAAAUUGAUGGAUGAAAAUGUUUACCAAAUCUAAAUUCCACAGGAAAAUGCUUUCUUGGGAGUCAAAGAAAUGAAAGCUGAAGUUUAGUUAUAAUAACAAGUAAUGAAUUUUGAUGACAGUGUGCCAAACCCUUCAUUCAUUCAUGAAGUAUUUAGCACACUUUAUUGAUCGGGACCCUUUAUUGUAUAAUAAAGUUUUAGCCUGGGUUGCUAAAACUGAUCGCUUUCUGUAGAGUAACCACCACAGGAAUGCGAAAGCAUAUGGCUCAGUCAGGAGAAGCAGCUCCCACAGUUUCUCAUCACUGACUCUACUCUGUAGAAUUUCCACGGAGGAAAGGGAUCUGGGAGACCUGUUGAUAGGUAAUCUUUACUUUCCUUAUUUCAAAACAAAUUCAAAAGCUUUGCUUUUUGUAAAGUUUAUUUCUACUUAAAUGUUCUUCACUGGUUAUUGUACCCAUUCUAACUAAUUACCAAUUUUUACUGAAUUUUUUUCCUGACUGAUGGAAUUGUAGGUGAUUUUAAUCUUCCUCAGGAUUUUUUGUUUUCAAAAUUUUGAUUAUACAGUACAGUUGGAGAUGUAAUGAAAAUUCAAAUAAAAUUUAUAUACUUAC